AUGGCAGACAAGACAAGUCCGAGAGGCAAUUCUGGUGACUUUGCUAAAAAAGUCCAAAGACAGCUGAGCAGAGGCAAAGAAAAGGUAAUGCAAAGGCUGGGAAAGUCAAUGGAGACCAGAGAUGACCUUUUUGAACAUUGUCUCCAAAACUUUAAUGACCAGCAGACUGAUGGGAACCGAAUAUACAAGGACUUGAGGGUCUACGUUAAUGCAGUUAGAGACAUGCGUGAAGCUUCAAGACGCCUUUCCCAGUCUCUGUUUGAUGUUUAUGAAUCUGACUGGGCUGGAGAGGAAGAUUUAGGAGCCAUUGUUGAGGGGGAGGACCUCCUGUGGAAUGACUACGAGGUGAAGCUAUUAGACCAGGCCGUGCGCACCAUGGAGUCCUACGUGAGCCAAUUCCCUGAUGUCAGGGACAAAAUUGCCAAGAGGGGAAGAAAGCUGGUUGACUACGACUCCUCCCUUCACCAGCUAGAGGCACUGCAGACUGCGAAAAAGAGAGAUGAUAUCAAGAUAAGCAAGGCAAAAGAAGAGAUGAAUAAUGCCAAAGUUAUCUAUGAGGGGAUCAAUAACGAUCUGAAAGAGGAGCUCCCAGUUCUCUUUGACAGUCGUAUUGGAUGCUACGUAGCUGUCUUCUCAGCUGUGUCAAAUUUACGAGACAUCUUCUACAAGGAAAUGAGUACGCUCAAUCAAGAUCUACAAAAUGUGAUAAAGGAGCUGCAGGCUCAGCAUCCAGACAACACAUUUGCUGUAAAGGGAUUGUCCCGGUAUGGCUCACUGAAAAGACGAAGUCUGAUCUCUCCAAAGGCUUGGAAGGCCAGCUUUUCUGAGGUUCACAGGAGCUUCAGUCCUAGAACGAGCCAGCGGUUUAGUUUCAGAUCCCCAGAAAAACCUCGACACAGCACCUUGUCCAGAGAAGGCAGCAUGCUUAGAGGGUCUUUAGUCGAGUCCAGGGAACUGGAUAUAGGGUCGUACCAAAGUGAGGUCCACAGCCCUUCUGCACAGGAAGAUGCUGGAGAGAGUGCAUCAGGAAGUGAGCUGAAGUCGGGAGACAACAACAAUCAAGUUGAAGGAGAAAAGGCUGUGAAAGAAGAAGAGCCUAAGCCGCCUGUAGAAUCGGAAAAUAAAGGAGAUGGAAAAAAAGAUCUACCAAGUGCAAGCAGCUCUGAACAAAAUAACUCCUAUGAAUCAGAUAGCUUGGAGCUCCAGCUGUCUGCAGCAGACAAUGGCCCACUGCACAUUGAAGAGACGGACGACAGCCCGGUAACCCUUGAAACUCCAAAACUGAACAGACUGGAGAAUGGUGAUGCUUCUGGCUUGAAUUCUGACGCCAAGGAUCUGAGCAUUCCUCAGAAGGACGUCCCUGCAGAGAAAGAGAUAUCCUCGAACUCAAAAAACACAAUGGUUUAA